AUGGCGCAUUCGGUCAGAACGGGUGUCUCGUCCUCAUCCGCAACAAUUCUGUCAGCGAUAUUCCACGGCUCUAAGGUGGAAAUGUCUGUUGGAUCUCUAGUGUACCGGAACAUCACUCGUCGCUUCUCCACACUUUUCCUUGCUGCAGGUGUUGGUGCCUUCCUCAUGAACUAUGCUUUCAAUGGAGUUGCUGAUGCAUAUUGGGACAAAGUGAAUGCCGGAAAGCAGUGGAAGGACGUAAAAGCCACUCUCGAAUAG